AUGGCCCGUCGUGGUAAUAACGCCCUCCCAGGAAACCAUUUCCGCAAGCACUGGCAAAAGCGGAUCAAGACCUGGUUCAACCAGCCUGCUCGUAAAGUCCGUCGUGCCACUGCCCGCGUUGAGAAGGCCAAGGCUGUAGCCCCACGACCAGUCGGUUUGUUGCGCCCAGCUGUCCACUGUCCCUCAAUCCGCUACAACAGCAAGCUCCGAUUGGGCCGUGGAUUCACCAAGGAAGAAUUGAAGGCUGCUGGAGUUACCGUUGUUGAAGCCAGACAAUUCGGAAUCGCCGUUGACUUCCGUCGUGUCAACCGAUCUGUCGAAUCUAUUGAAGUAGGUUUAUUUUUCUUUUUGGUUUAAUAUUUAGAUUUAUAGGAUGUGUUAGCUGAAUGUUUUGUUAUAGAUAUUAAUUUGAUUUUUUUCAGCGCAAUGCCCAGAGGCUGAAGGAGUACAGAUCCAGACUGAUUGUCUUCCCCAAGAAGCUCAGCAAGCCAAAGAAGGGAGAUAGCAACGUAAGUUUUCUAUAUUUUGUUGAUGUUUGCAAAUUAUAAUCAGAUUUUUAUUUUUUAGUUUCUAAUCUGCCAAUUUUGGUUUAAGAACGUUGUUAACAUACUUUUAAUUUUUAGGAAUCCGAACUCAAGUUGGCUCAACAAGUUAAAGGAACCAUCCUCCCCGUCAAGAACACCCAAUCCAGAAUCCGCGCUCAGCCAAUCACUGAGGAACUCCGCAAAUUCCAAGUAUACCGACACCUCAGAAACGUCCGUGGUGAGCAAAGAAACAGAGGAAAACGUGAGAAGGCUGCCAAGCUUGCUGCUGAAGACGGUUUGGGAUCUACUCGUCGUUAA